UUGAUGUGAUGCAUAUAGAGAAGAACGUUUGUGAUAACCUGAUUGGAACAUUGUUAAAUCUUGAUGGAAAGACCAAAGAUAACUUGAAAGCGCGUCUUGAUUUGAAAGAUAUGGGCAUAAGACAAGAGAUUCAUCCGACAGAGCUUGCCAAUGAUAAAUUUUAUACACCUCCUGCAUGUUAUACAAUGUCUACUCAAGAGAAAGAUCUUUUUCUAACAGUUCUGAAAAAUAUGAAGGUUCCUGAUGGGUACUCAUCGAAUAUUUCACGAUACGUAAAUCUCAAAGAGCGAAAACUUUCAAAUCUUAAGAGUCACGAUUGUCACAUUUUUAUGCAAGAUAUCUUUCCAUUGGCUUUAAGAUCGUCAACACCGAAACAAGUUUUCGCAAUUGUUUCUCAAUUGUCAUCAUUCUUUAAGGCAUUAUGUUCCAAAGUUCUUGAUCCUAAGGAGCUUGAUCAAUUGGAGUCUAAUGUUGCACUUACACUAUGCCAUAUGGAAAAGAUCUUUCCUCCUGAAUUUUUUACUAUUAUGGUUCAUCUACUCAUUCACUUAGCGGCGGAAGCUAAACUUGGUGGACCGGUUCACUACCGAUGGAUGUAUCCUAUUGAGAGGUGAUUUUUCUAAACUCUAAUGUCCAUAUUUAAUA